CCUCGGGUCCUCUGGGACAUAGUUGAUUGCAGACAACUGAUCUGCUAUGUAUCUCCCCCGCCUAUAAAACAACGCAUCUUCUCCUCCACCCUCACAUUCCACCCUUAUCUACUCUCCCAAACGCCCCCACGCACAUACUCAUAUUCAAACUCUUGCAUGUGGAGUCAUGGAAGUAGGCGCAAACACCUUUUCGAAUUUAGCUUGUCGUGUCGAUUUAUAUUGAAUGGUUCGCCUGCCUUUCAGGGUACCCGACCAGUACUUAAGCCUUCGACCAGAGCUGUAUAAAACAUUAAAACUAUAAAUGUGGAAGUCAGUAGCAAAUUGGUUCGCAAGCUACCUCUACUUUUCCAAGGCUACUUUAUGCAUCCGGGGUUUGGUCUUCAGCCAUAGCUUCGUAAACCAUUUGGUAGUAUCUGCCUUGAUGGCGUACGUGCAGGAUAGUAUAAAGAAGGAUUCAUUUGCUGCUGUAGCUACAAAUAUUAUAAAUGGGGUAUCAUCCAUCAUGGUUUGUUUCCUUGCUUGUAUCUCAAACGCGGUCGGUCCUUUUAAGGUGAUUGCCAUUACAAAUGCUGCCUAUUUUCUUGGACUAAUUAUAUUCUGGGUGUUCGACGAACCCAUACUAGUAUGUGGAGCUGCGUUACUUGUAGCAUUAGGCGAGGCUGGACGGCCAGCUUCUUUGGGUAGAUUUCUUGAGUAUCAAUAUUCACGUGAAACUGACGACUUCAAAUCACCCGAAAAACAAAACAAUCCUGAAGCCGAGAAAGAUCAUACUUUGACCAGAAAAGAAGAAGAUGAUCCUUUUCGAAAAGAAGAAAAAGAAGAUGAUAAGCGAAAAUGUGCUUUGUGGAACCAUCCCUGGUUUUUAGGUGCAGCUGUAACUCUUGGCUUUAUAAAGAGAUCUGAUGGAACUCAAUUACUGCUUUCGACCAUCGCCAUGGGAGUUGGUUACUCACUGUUCUGGUAUGGCGUCUUCUCAUAUUCCAGAAAUAGUCCAGCUGCAGAAGCAACACAUAGAGAUCAGGGCCUUUUCCAAGCCAUCAAAACACUCUCUCCACCAAAAAAAGGAGGGUGGAGAUUGGGUUUCAGCCAAAGAUCCGAAUCUAGAAAACAUUAUUACAAAGAAAUGUUAGUUAUGUGCUUAGCUUUCAUCGCAUACGGUCUGGUCGAGGCAACGGGGAGCACCUUCUUUUUCACCCAAAUUACACUAGUGCUGGAUAACGGGGAAAUCCCAGCUGUCACUUAUUUCGUUAUCCUCCAAUCCUUGUCAAGCUCGAUAAUCUCAUUUUUCUGGAGUUUACUAGCUCCAAAUCGGUCAAAACGUGCUACAUUGUUCAGGAUCGGCUGCGGAUUGGUUUGUUCUGUGCUAUGUAUGGUUGUUGCUUGGCGAGUUGCGAUUCAUAUGAGUAAACCUGGAAAUAUUUACUUGAGCCUUGUUUGGUUCAUUCCACAAUUCUGCCUGUUAGGGUGCAUGAGAGGGCUUGCCAUAGAUGGAUUGAUCGUGUUUUUUGCGGAUCGAGUUGAUGGCAAUGAUAAAAGACAGGCUAGGUAUUAUGGAACAUACGCCAGUGAAUUAGUCCUUGGUAGUGGAACACUACUGAUUGCCGCGAGUAUUUUCGGGUUUAGAGGAAUCUUGGAUAAAGUUGAUCAGUACUACAAGUACUACAGGGCGCUAGCAUUCAUAGGUGGUGCUAACCUUUGCUAUUACUUUUGUGUGGCCUUUUACUUUUAUACCAAGGAGGAUAACGUACAAAGCUAUACAUCGAACGAGGACAAGUAUCAACAAAAUGUGUCCUCAGGUGGCGCGGGUUCUGAGGAGAACAUGGAAGCCGUGAAAUUGAGCUGUGAAUGUUGUAAUAAUUGUUUUUAGUUGUAAAUAUUAUAUAUAUGUGUGAUUGUCCACAUAAAUACUUACUAGUAUGUUCUGAACUUCUGAUGAUGUAAACAUCAUUAACUUCAUUA